GUUCAAAUCUUUCAUUCUCCAUUUUUAAAAUACCUCUCCAGCAUAUGAUUAGGUCGGAGAGACCUAUUAUUCGGUAUAGAAAUUACUUGAGACCAUGAGACCAAAAAUCCCCAAUUAGAUCACAAAAACCUAUUUGUGGUAGAGAAAUGGUUUAAGGUAUGGGAUAUUGAAAAAAUGAUCUAGACCUUUCUCACUUCUCUCUUAAACCAACUUGGAGGGGCCUUCCCUUCUCCACUUUAAGUCCUCAAAGAUUAACACAACACAAACCAACCCUCUUCCGUAACUCCUCUUUUAUCCUUUCCUAAUCCCUUUUCUAUAUAUUUCUCUUCCAUCUCUCCCACUCUUCUUCUCCAACAUACCCAUCCAAUUCCCACCUCAAAACCUCAAAACAAAGCCUUCUUCGAAUAUGCCAACUGUUCAUUCCAGUCCAUACCGGCACAUGGACAAUCCAGCCCUACUAACAUUACUUCAACACACUGCCACUGCAGCCGCCGCCACCACCACGACCAGCGACCACAAAAGAGUUAAAAGCAGCCGUGGGGGGUUACUUCGAGUGUUCAAGCUCUUCCCAAUGUUAACCUCCGGGUGCAAGAUGGUUGCCCUAUUAGGCCGACCACGAAAAGCCCUCUUGAAAGACAAUGCCACCACUGGAACCCUCUUCGGAUACCGAAAAGGACGACUAUUUUUAGCCGUCCAAGAAGACCCUCAUCGCCUACCAGUCUUUAUCAUAGAGCUACCGCUCCUCACGAGUGCUUUCCACAAAGAAAUGGCUUCGGACAUAGUCAGAAUCGCGCUAGAGAGCGAAACAAAGACUCAGAAGAAGAAGCUUUUGGAGGAGUUUGUGUGGGCAGUGUAUUGCAAUGGAAGAAAAAUUGGGUACUGUAUAAGGAGAAAGCAAAUGGGUGAUGAUGAGCUUCAUGUUAUGCAGCUUCUGAGAGGGGUGUCAAUGGGUGCAGGGGUGCUUCCGAGUCCAUCCGAGAAGGAAACAGCAGCCGACGGGGAGCUGACAUACAUCAGGGCAAGGUUUGACAGAGUGGUUGGUUCUAAGGACUCAGAAGCUUUGUAUAUGAUCAAUCCAGAUGGUUUAGCAGGGCCUGAGUUGAGCAUUUUCUUUGUAAGAGUGCAUUAGAAUUUGUGUGACCCCAUAGGUCUAAAUCCAUAUUUUAUUUAUCUGCCGAUAUGUAUCUGGAUUUUAGACUUUUGAUACUGUCAUCGGCCGAUAUAUAUUACUGUAUUAUUGAUAUAUAUCCUGAUACUAUUAAAACUAUGGCCUUAAUUAGAAACUCCUCUCUUUGCUUUUCUUUUCUGUUUUUUUUUCACGAGUGUUCAGGGUUUCAUCCUGAUUAAUCCCUCGCAGGUAUAUGUAAUUCGCGGGGCCAAAAUUUAAGAGCUAUUCUUACUGACUGUACUUCCAAGUUCCAAGUGUCACAGUGCUUUUGGAAUGAAAACAUACUCUGAUGGAGAGGUACUUACUUGUUAGGAGUGCAUAGACAGAGUGAUUUAGCUUGUAUGGUAUGUCAACUAUUGUCACAUAUAAACGUAUUGUGUUAUUAUUUUUCAGAGUGUAUAAUUUAAAAGAAAGCAGUGUUGCUAGAGCUA